ACUAAACAAAUAUGGCGGAAGGUGGUGAUACUGGAAAGCAAAUUUCAUCCUCAGAAGAACCUCUGGGAAUGAGAGCUGUUUUGAUUGGAGCUACCGGUGCCAUCGGUGAAUGUCUGCUUGGAGAACUUUUGACCUCCAAGGUUUGCUUCCUCCUUUUUAACCGGAAAUACGUCUCGGCAGCCCUGUUGAGAAUGAGGCGGUGUUAGUUAGCUAGAUGACCAGCCGCGAAUAUCCUGUCGUGAUUUAUAUCUCUCAUUGUCUUAUUGUCCGCUUUUUUCUCUUAAAUGCGUAAAGUAAAAUAUAUAAAGCUUUUUUCGGCCGCGGAGGGAAAACAAACGACAUGUUUGCCCAGUAUUUGUGAGUAUUUAUAUGUUAUGCAUCAGUCAAUUCCAGCUGCGCCCAGCCCCCAAGGGCCGAUAUCCCCGGACAUUAGCAAUUUUUUGCCUUGGAUAUAUGGCAAUUUCCCGCGGGCGGGGACUCUUGAGGUGCCAAAUCCCCCCGGGGUGGAAACGAAUAAAGAGAGCAAAUGCCCCGUCCUCCAUCAACACUGCAACAUUUUCAUUGAUCACACAGUCGAGUCGUGGCAUAUUUUAAGCAUUUUAAUUUGUGAUUUUUUGUUUCAAUUAACGUCUGCCUUUGAAAUAGAACUAACUAUUCUAAUUAAGACUUCACGCCACGAUGACACCAGUUUAGUCAGUUUAUGGUAGUAGUAAUUUGUUGGCAAAUGUCUGCCCCUGGUACAGUGCAAAAGUUGCUAAUGCCCCACCCCAGGACUGACAAGGUGGGCGAAUGCCCUGCAAUAGCCUUGGGGGUGGGGAGGAUGGGGGGCUAGGUGCAACAGGAAUUUACUGAUGUAAAUAAACUUAUUGUCAAUACAAUACGUAUUGCUGCUAUGGCCGGCCAGUCUUAAUCCAUCGGUGGGGAAACGAGUUUAACAUGUAUGAGACCAUGAAUUCAAAGAUAUAUUGCAGUUAAAUAAGCAACUUUUUGAAGUUAAAGCCAAACUGAAACCAGGUUCGUAGUUAUAGAAUAUUUCCCAGAGGUACUCACAACCCUAGGGGAAGGGGGACCCUAAUAGAAGCCUUUAAGAAGAUGGUUUUUGUGCCGUUUCGGUCAGAAAACUGCCAUAGAUUUUGCCCAUUUUUCCCCUUCAAAAAUUUCCUUAUCCCUCAAAAUAUUUCAAAGAUGAAUGUUGUUGAUGUAUAGUAUUGACCCCCUUAAAAGCCCCUAUCAUAAGAUCUCAUCUGCAGGGGAGAUGGAGGUGUGGUUAAUUAAAUUACCCUCCCCUUGGCAUGGUGUGUUCUUUCAAAGCUUGUAAUAGCUGAUCAUAGAUAACUUGUUUCUUAAAGCACAUUUCCAAAGUGGUGUCCUUGGGUCGAAGAAGUGCCACAGUUCCUUCUGGAUACUCUGUUGAUCAAAAAGCUGAGGAAGAUUCAGGAAGGCUGGAGCAGCAUGUUGUAGGUACAUAAAGGAAAAUACAUUUUAGUUAUUAGUGAAAUUUAACUUGAGUAUCAUAUGUCUUUGACUGAAACCUUUGAUGUCACCCUUACUCAUACUUGAAAAUAAAUUUCUAAUGCGUACUUUACAUUGAGCUGGUGCAAAAAUUGUGCCAUUAGAUUUACUUUAUGCACCCUUUCUAUUGAGGUGCUCAAGAUUGAAUAUCACGCUUUCAAAAAUAGAAAUUUUUUCUCUCACAAAACAGUGGCAGAUCCAGACCUUCAGAUAAUGGGGGGGGCCCGGUCAUUCAAACCCUGUGAAAGGGGGAGGGGGCGGUCUCAAAACUUUUUUGUUAUUCCUCCCUCAGUUUGGUCUGAAAAUUAGGUGGGGGGAAGGGGACCUGGGUCCCCAGGCCCCUCCCCUAGAUCCACCACUGCAAAAUUAAAGAGAUCAAACCUUGGCCUUCACAGUCAGGAAGAUGUUGCUGAUUGAUCAAAGGUACUGUUAAUGACACAGCUACCCCUUUAGAAAUUAUAACUCUGGAAAACCUCUUCCCUUAAACUUCCACUAAGAUUUCGUGGUACCUCAUUAGGGGGAUGCAGACAUCAAAAUAGGAUGGUAAUAGAUAACAAGAAAUACCUCGAUGGGAUCUAGGGAUCGAAAGGUGACAGCUAGGUGACCAUAAGGAAAACAAUUUCCAUACCUAGGAAAGGGCAGAAUGUGUGCUUUACAGAAGACCAUUAAUAUUGGUUAAUUGAUUGUAUUUUUUCAUUUUUUUCUUUUUGUGUAAGACUUUGAAAACAUUAGCAGUGAAACAUUUGGGGCACAUUUCAAGGACAAAGAUGUGUUUUUUUGUACUUUGGGUACAACACGGCGUGCUGCAGGAUCUGCAGUAAGUAUAUAUUUUUGCUAAUGGUUGUAAAUAUUGAUACUGUCGAUGUAACAUGUUUUACAGAGAUGUUAAGAAAAGUCUCACCCCACAAUACCAAUACAAUGGUACAGUAUAAAUUUAGAAACACCAGGAUUCUAAUCUCCUGUUCUGGAUAUAUAUUUCACUGCUAUUUUUUGAGGGUUUUGCUUUUGAAGUAUCUUAUAACUUAAAAAUGAGAAAUACAGUUUUGUAUGAGAUAUCCUUUUUCUCUGUCCAGAGUCCUGCACCCACCACCACACCCUUUUGGAUGGCACACAUCCAUUAAAGGGAUUUUGUGGAAGUACGUUCCUGACUUUUUCAUUUUCCCAAGAAUCCCAAGGAGGCAUAAACCAAUGCUAUAAUUUAGUUCUGACGAGAUGUCGUCAUUUAUUUUUAGGCUGCUUUCAGACAUGUGGAUUUUGACUUUGUUAUCAACUGUGCCAAAGUAGCAAAGGAAGCUAAUGUUCCACAUGUGUUAUAUGUGUCUUCAGAGAGAGCAAACGCUUCCAGUUGGUUUUUGUAUAUGAAAGUUAAAGGCGAGGUAAUUACAUGUAAAAGGUGGCUUUUUUAAUUAUGAGCCAGGGUGGAGUGGUGUGGGCAUAUUUGUUGAUAUGCCACAAACUAUCUUUCUAUGCCCCCUCUGUAGUAAGCUGAAAAUUUUAAUACAAUUGUCCUGAAUAUUACGUGGGCUGUGAUUGGUCGCUGCUCAUGAUCUAUUAGAGUACAGACACAUGGAUGAUGUCAAGGCUGGGAAACUUGUUUCCUCUAUUUUGUUCAAUACGGCGUGAGGUUCUGAAAAUGUUUGCAAGAUUAUUUCAGAUUAAGCCAGUGAGGGCCGCCUCGAAAAAAGUUGAGUACAUGUAGGAGCUAUUAACAAAGAAGAAAAUGGAAAAGUCCAGACAAAAAGAGUUCUUGAUGACUUUAAAAUGCCUAAACUGGAACAAAUCUUCACAACAGUUGCCAUGAUGCAUGUGUCAUCGCUAUGAGAGGCUUGCAGUUUUGAAAAUAUUUAGUGAUUAUUGCCCUUUAAUGAGCAAGUGAAGGUGCUGAAAAUCUUUUUGGAGUAAAUGUAUGCAACUAAGAUAAAGAGGAAAAGACGAACAGGGUUCGAGCAGUCUUGAAUUCUUGAAAAAGUCUUGAAAUUUGCUCAGCAAUUUUCCAGCCCUGGAAAAAGUCUUGAAAAUAGAGAUAAAGUCUGGAAAAAUAGUAGAAAGUCUGGAGCAUUUUGACGUCAACAGUGAUCUAUUACUGAGCAGACAUACGGCAACAUGGAAUCUAUUAUUUUCUAACUGUUAAACAGUUCUUGAGCUAACUCUUCCAGUUGGCUUUUGUAUCUCAAAGUUAAAGGCUAAGGUUACAAUUAUUAAAAGGUGGCUUUUUUUAUUAUGAGCUUACUAAGGGUGGAGUGGGCUAGGCAAAUUUGUUUAUAUGCUGCGGACUAUCUUUGUAUGCCCCUUCUGUAGUAAUCUAAAAAUUUACAUAACUCCCCUUGACUUUGCUUAAACUUAGUCAGCCCUAAACAGUUUCCAAAAAAGGAACACCCUCCACAGUUUUGUGGUCCUCACUGGCUUCAAAAUAAAUGAAAGCUUCUAAACAGCAGACAUUUAUAUCCUGAGAGCUUAUUAAUAUUAUUUAUUGUGGGUGAAAGUUGGAAGGCGGGGGGGGGGGUUAGGGAGGGAAGAUGUAGAUGAGGCUUUUUAAUCAGGAAGGGCUCUUAUUACAUGUAUGUUUUGCUUUCAAAGCAGUUUUUUCAAAUUUUGGUCUGGUUCAUUUAAGGAGGCUUGCACCCAUUUUUCAAGGUGUAAAUUAAACCUUUGUGUUUCAUGCCCCAUAACUUUGGCUAAAAUACAUGUGCAAAAAUUAAAGCCACAGUGUUUAAACAAGAUAUCUAACAUUGAACUUAAUUUUAGAGUAUGUUUUGUUGUCAUCUCUGCUUCCAUAGCAACAGAACAACAAUAUAAUACGUGUAUGAAAUCUACAAAUUGAGAAUUUUCUCAAAAAUCUAGCCAUGUUAAUCUUAUAAAAUAUAGUCCUCCAGUGUGAUCUGGAUUGUAGUCUUUACCUUAGGCAAGAUUUAAAAAAACUCUAUAAGAGCAUUAAUUUUUUGAAAUACACAAGAUGCUGUAAAAGCAUUAACUUGAGCUUUCUUGGAUAUUAGACAAGAAAUAAGGAGGUGAUUAAUUCUUAAGUAGCCUGUUUGAGGGCAUGGAAACCAUAUAGGGAAGGAGAAAAAACUUCCAGCAGCUAGCUUGGUUACACAGUAACAAUUGACUGCCUUUGGGACAUACAAUAGUCAGAGACUUCGUGUACCUUCUGUUUUAAACCUGGAAAAAGAUUUUAGCAUUACACUUGGGUAUCUAAACUUGCACACAAUUGCUAACCACUAAUUAUUAUUGUGGGUUAAACCUCAACAAAAAAUAUAAGAUUGCGUAACUUUUCAUGAUUUUAAACUUUUAUGAUGAACAGAAACACCACACCAUGGACACCCUUCUUCUUCUUCUUCUUCCUCUUACUCUGUGGCGUUUCGUUGUGUUCCUGUCGUUAGCUGUCAACAACGAAAGAAUACUAAGCUAUUGAAAACUAAUACAAACAAAUGCAAUAGUGCAAUGCAAUGCAAAUAUAUCUAAAGUGAAAAUUUCCGAUGAUUUCUACGCAGUUAUUACUGAAAUUUUAAGGAAUCUUCCACAAUCAAAGGCAAUGUAUUACUAGCCUGCAUCACAGAAAUAAUUUAACCUCGGUUAGGGUGGAUUUUCACUCUCCUGUAAUAUUUAUGUGGGUUAAUGCGCGUAGAUCUUGUGCGCAUAUGGCAAUGUUUGGGAGGUCAAUGGUAACAUAAAACUUGAGCAUGAACCUUGUUAAACUUUUAUGUUUACGUGGGACUUGUCAUGCAUUGCAGAUUACGACUCUUGCGGCUAUGGGACUUAAGCAAUAAGUUCUAAAAACUUUGUUUCCCAGAAAAAUUCACUUUUUGUUUUUAAUCAUCAACAAUAGUGAUUAUUUGAUCAAUCCGUAUUUUCACCUAGCAUAAGGCGUGAUUUAGUUUUUUCAGAAGUGAAUUAUUGUAACAAAGUUUGUUUCUUUGUCAGGUUGAAGAAUCCUUGAAGGAGAUGCAAUACCCAAAGACAAGCAUAUUUAGACCUGGUCUUUUAGAUAGAGGGGCCAAGAAAAGAUUUCUAGAAAAGGCAUAUGGUAGGUUACGUCCUUUUUUAAUGCAAGAGACCUUAUUUCAAGCAUCUGAUUCAUUUUGUUUUGCAUGCAGAAUAUUAAUUAAUAGCAAUUUUUGAAACCAACCUCACAGAAUCACAUACCUGAACUUUGAAAGUUGUCAUGUGGCAUCUGUCAGUAACAAAAGUCAGCAUAGUGCGGGACACUAAGACAUUACAACUGCUUUCAAGAUUUUGUCAUUCGAGAAUUGAACUUCUAACUUGUACCAGUCACUAUAAUUCAGCACCUCAAGUCACAAACACCUUAAUUGGUGUGUUUUUGCGCUGGAAUUUAGACCAAGAUUUGUUCCAUUAAUUAGCACUAUACUUUCGUUUCCACAUAUAGAUUGGGUUAAAGCAUCGUUUAUUCAUCUUUUUUUAUUAGGUUGGAUUGCAAAGUCCAUUCCUGUUUCAACAGUUGCAAAAGCAAUGUUGAUCGAUGCUGAGAAAUAUGCCAGAAACAAAGAGGCAGAUCCUGCUGCUAUCACUUAUGAAAACUCUGACAUUUUAGCUUUACUUUCUGCAAGUUAAGUAGAUAACACGGUCAAUUGUUUCCUUGCACUAACAGCUAAAGGACAUUUUCAACUUUUUGGAAAUGGAUCCUUGGCUGGAAGAGCUGACUUACCCUUCACUACCCUGGCAACUCCUGCUUUCUCCCAUUGUUGGAGGACUUAAGAACAAAUUAUUAUUACAUCAUCAUCAUCAAGUCUCAUCAUGCCAGUAGGUGCAUAAGGCCUCAACUUAAGAAUUAUAUGGCGGGGUGUCAAAUUUUGCAUGGC